AUGUCUGUACUUGAUUCCCUCAAUAAAUUACAUGAUCAAAUAACUGUUCCUCGCGAUAAUACCUUCAGUGGACUGUCUGAACUUAAAUCCCUCCAUCUAUCACACAACCAAAUACAGGUUCUUCGCGAUAAAACCUUCAGUGGAAUGUCUGUACUUGAAUCCCUCCAUCUAUCACACGAUCAAAUAGCUGUUCUUCGCGAUAAUACCUCCAGUGGACUGUCUGUACUUGAAACCCUCCAUCUAUCACACAAUAAAAUAGCUGUUCUUCGCGAUAAUACCUCCAGUGGACUGUCUGUUCUUCGCGAUAAUGCCUUCAGCGAACUGUCUGUACUUGAACCCCUCCAUCUAUCACACGAUCAGAUAUCUGUUCUUCGCGAUAAUGCCUUCAGCGGACUGUCUUUACUUGAAUCCCUCCAUCUAUCGCACAAUCAAAUAGCUGUGUUGCGCUGUCUGAACUUAAAGCGCACCAUCUAUCACACAACCAAAUAUAGGUUCUUCGUGAUAAUUCCUUCAGUUUUUCGCGAUAAUAUCUUCAGGGCACUGUCUGUACUUAAAUCCGUCCAUCUAUCACACAAUCAGAUAUCUGUUGUUCGCGAUAAUACCUUCAAUGGACUUUCUGUCCUUGAAUCCCUCCAUCUAUCGCACAAUCAAAUAGCUGUGUUGCGCUGUCUGAACUUAAAGCGCACCAUCUAUCACACAACCAAAUAUAGGUUCUUCGUGAUAAUAACUUCAGUGAACUGUCUGUACUUGAACCCCUCCAUCUAUCACACGAUCAAAGGGGGUUUCUUCGCGAUAAUACCAUCAGUGGACUUUCUGUACCUGAAACCUUCCAUCUAUCACACAAUAGUACCUGCAGUGGACUGUCUGUACUAA